AUGAAUGGGACUACACUCCCCAGAUUCAGACCCUGGGGAGGACCAGAGAGGAGGGACAACACUGUCCAUCAGAGGUGGAGGAGGGAAAGGAGGGAUGACCAAAGACCAGAAAUAAACAGUCAGCAAGUUGUUGGUGUUAUAAGUCACUCUGAGCUGUGUUUGUCUCUGAUGGAAACCUAUGAAGAAGCUGAGCUCUGCUUUCCAAAACUCCUCAAUGCCUCCUGUCAAAAGCCAGUGAACUCUCAGGUUAAAAACCUGAUCCUUCACAUCCUGCUCUUCAUCUUCUCUCCGAUGACAGUGGCUCUAAACCUGCUCGUCAUCAUCACAGUCUCCCACUUCAGACAGCUCCAUACACCCACUAACCUCAUCCUCCUCUCUCUGGCCGUCUCAGACCUCCUUGUGGGCCUCGUGCCGAUGCCAGGAGAAGUCUACCUGCACUUUAAUUGUUGGUUUCUUGGAGAUCUGAUGUGUUCAUCUUACAAUUUAAUAACCUAUGUUUCUGUUUCUGCAUCAGUAGGAAACAUGGUGCUCAUUUCAAUCGACCGCUUCAUUGCUAUCUGUGACCCUCUGCAUUACACUCAUAAAGUCACAAUAACAAGAGUUAAAGUCCAUGCUCGUGCCAUGCGCUCUCACAUUACAGCCAUCACAGCUCAGCAAUCAGUGAAGGGAGUCGCCAACAAAUCUGAGCUGAAAGCAGCUCGGACUCUCGGAGUACUAGUGUUAGUCUUUCUAAAUUGUUACUGCCCAUAUUUUGGUAUGCUUUUUACUGAAGAUGUGGCACUUCACAAUGCCUCUUUUAGCUAUGUGACCUUUCUUUUACAUUUGAACUCCUGUUUAAACCCUCUCAUCUAUGCCUUACUCUACCCCUGGUUUAGAAAAGCUAUUAAACUCAUUUUCACUUUGCAGAUACUGCAGCCUGGCUCCUCUGAGACCAACAUACUGUAG